AAAUGCUACCUUCAUCUUGUUUUGGUUGUGUUACAUACUAACCAUAACAUUUAUUUGUGAAUGUGCAUACUGAUUUAUAUUACCAAAAGUGUUUAAAAUAUGGAUUGUAUAUUCAAACUUGAGCGUACAAAAAACGCCGCAACUACAAACGUUAAUAAAUAUUCAAUAUUUAAUCGUAAUUGUAUUCUUAAUACAACAGAAUGUGCCCAACCAAGAUUAAUAGACAAUUAAAAAGCCAAAGAAACCAGAUAAAAUGAUGACGAUUCGUAAAAAACUUCUUAUAAUUUUUUCAAUAGGUUUAGUAUUAACAAUUAUUGGAUUAACUACUGGAAUUCUUUGGUUUAUGAUUUAUUCAUCGAUUUUAAACACGCAAUUAUCUUUAACACCAACGUCUACAAGCUACAAGCUGUGGGAAAUAACGCCAAUUCCUAUGUAUCUGAAAAUAUACAUGUUCAAUUUAACUAACUAUGAAGAUUUCAUUUCAAAUAAUGAAUCUAAAACAAAACCAAAUUUUGUGGAAAUGGGUCCUUACGUAUUUAGGGAAGUUGACUAUAAGGUAGAACAAAAAUGGCAUGACAAUGAUACCAUAACAUAUCAAAGGAAAAGGGUAUGGCAUUUUGAUAAAUCUCUAUCAAAAGGAGAUUUAAAUGAUAAAGUAACUAAUAUAAAUCCUGUAACUGCUAGUGUCGGAUAUGCAUUAAGACAUAAAAAACCUAUUCUCCGUGAUAUAGUAGAUAGAAUAAUGAAAUCACUAGGACAACAGUUAAUAAUUACCAAGUCUGUUAAUGAAUUACUUUUUGAAGGCUAUGAAGAUACUAUGUUAAAAAUAGCACAAAAAACUAAUUUCACAGAAAUUCCAUUUACCAAAUUUGCUUGGUUUUAUGGGCGAAAUGGUUCUGCAUCCUAUGAUGGAACAUUCAAUAUGUUAACUGGUAGAUCUAAUUUACUCGAUGUAGGAAUAGUCAAAGAAUGGAAUUUUAAUAACAGAGUAAGUUAUUAUCCUGGAGAAUGUGGAGAAAUAAGAGGAACAAAUGGUGAUUUGUGGCCACCAUUACCUGAUAAUAAAACUGUAUCUUUCUUUGUACCUGAUAUUUGCACGAGUAUGUCAGUAACAUAUGAUAAUACAACUAUUCACGAAGGAUUAAUAGGAGCUAAAUAUAUUAGUGACGAUACAACAUUUGACAAUGGUUCAAUAGUACCAUCGCGUUCGUGUUAUUGCGAAGGAGAAUGCGUUCCCUCUGGAGCAUUAAAUAUUUCAUUAUGCAAAUGGGGUGCUCCAGCAUUCAUCAGUUUACCACACUUUUAUUUGGCCGAUCCAAGUUACAGGGAAAAUAUCAAUGGAAUGAAACCUAGUAAAGAAAAACACGAACUUUCAAUAUCCAUAGAACCGAAAACGGGCGUUCCACUGAACGUGCAUGCACAACUACAAUUAAAUUUGUUGAUGCAACCUGACCAUGAGAUGUCCAUGUUUAAGAAUAUUAAAAAAACAUUUAUACCAAUGUUAUGGUUUACUCAAGAAGCUUAUCUGACAAGUAAUUAUGCUCAUAUAAUUAAAUUUAUCAUUAUUUUGGAAUCUCUGGGCAGCAUAACUUGUUAUGGUAUUGCCUGUAUUGGCAUUUUAAUUAUUUCUACCGGCAUUUUUUUGUACAUUAAGCAUGGUUUGGGUGAAGAAGAAAAUCAAGUUUUAUUGUCAAACAAAUCUAAUGAAAAUGAUGAUAUUGGUACUGUUAAUGAAUGAUUGAUUAUAUUUGCAAGCAUAUGAUGAGAUUAUAUGGAAAGAUAUAAUCAAUGUCAACGAAAUAAGAAACAAAAACCAUCUUCGAAA